AUGUCCCACAAGUACUCCCUGGUCGGUCAGGACGACGUUCCCGAUCUCAUUGAACAGGAUGAACCUACGCCCACGUACACUGAACCAACUCAAACCCCAAUACAGCCAGAAGUCAUCAAGCCACAGGUGCCAGCGCCUGCAGCAAGCAUGUUCCAAGUUGGGUUCUACAGCAAAUACUUUGACAUCAAUACAGAGGAGUUCUUUGCAAAAAUCAAGUUGGCUCUAGACCCGUUUCAAAAAACUUCGGUUGUAGCGAGCCAAAACGACGAAAACGGCAACCAGGACACUGUGGAAUUGUAUGGAGCCAUCUGGGUCACGGCAACGCUUAUUUUCCUUGUUUUCGUCUCGUCCACGGGAGCCAAUCUCGUGUCACAUUGGCUCUACUUAAAAGAUGAUGGGAAGUACGAGUACGAUUUCGAUCGCUUGACGGUGCUGAUGUCGCUUUUUUACGGCUACAUCAGUCUUGUCCCGCUUGCGCUAUAUGCGGUGACAACUUGGUGGCUCAAGUUUGCUGAUCGCUUAUCUCUCACGAGACUUGUAUCUAUUUACGGGUAUGCCAAUGUACUCUGGGUGCCGCUCACCUUGAUCAAUUUUGUGCUUGUUGUGUUUGUUAGCAGCAAGAAGCAUAAGGUGCUUUUGAACGUGCUCGAGUGGGUCUCUGUCAUGCUUAGUGGUGCCGUGGCUGGACUCAGCAUCAUCUUGAAAAGGGCAACGUUGAAGAGGGGACAAAGAAACACCGGGUUUUGA